AUGGAGGAUCACAACAAUAAUUCGUCGGCACGUUCUGAUCGCCCUUCAUCGCGGCGUGGUGCUGGAGAAAAUGGUUAUUUCGGUGGGAACAACGAUUCUGUUGCUGUCGUGAGACCGAGAACGGCCAUGAAACCUCCGUCGGCCGUGCGCGGUGGAACUGCCAGUCGUUUGACGACGAACAGUCUCGCGACGAAUACUUCAACAUCGCAUCGCAUUGGAACCGCUCUGGGAUAUGCAGGAAAUCGGAUGACCGAGCGGCCAAUUACGCAGCAUGGGAUCAGUGGUUUAUCCACCUCGUACGGUCGCCUCGGAACAUCUACGAGCGGCAAUCGGCAAAUCAAGGAUAAGCGAUACUGGCAGGCGAUGCUGCAGAGCAAAAUUCAGGAAAUUACACAGGAAACCGACAAACUUUUGAAGGAGAAAAAGUUUCUCGAUCGCGAACGGUCCGCACGCAAGCUGUAUGAAGGCAAGGUGAAAGAGGCGGCCAAGGAGCUGACCAAUCUUCAGUCCACUCUGACGUCCAUGAAUUUGGCGCUGGACAAUUGUAGUUCCGGCAUGACCAGGCAGCACUUGCUAAACGAAACGGUUGCCCUCCGGGAGCGAAACGAGCACAUUCAGGAACACCAAUUGGAGCAGAUCUUCAGGCAGUUUCAGCGUAGGGACGCCGAAAACCGCGAGCUGGAAGCGGACACGGAAAAGGAGAAAAACAAGAUCAACGAAAUAAUCAUGUCGCUGCCCGCGGAUGAUCAGCGCAAAUACCGCGCGUUUCAAACCCUGUCGGAAAAUCUGAAAAAACAAAACACCAUCUUCCACAGCGAAAUCACAGAGUUUGAAAAGCAAAAGGAACGCCUGACGACGCUCAUUAUGAACUCGCAGAGCCGUUCGGAAGCCCACCGGUUGAAGUCGAAGUUGAAAGAACUGAUGGCGAAGCGAAACGCAAUGGCGGACGAAGAAACGAACCGUCUUUCGCCGGCACAGGAACGGGAAAAGCUGAUCAGCGAGGUGCGCUCAAACAACCAGGCACUGGCCAGCAUGGGAAAGCAGCAGAAAAUCGUCGAGGACCAGCUGAACGAGAAAAGGGAAACUUUGCAGCAAAUCGAACAGGAUCUCGAGGAAGGCAACUCGGAGCGGCACGUCAAAUACAAGGAACUUAAAAAACGAGACGAUGUUAUGUCGAGUUUCAUGGACAGUUUCAGCACUAAUAUGGCAGAGGAAAAACAUAAUAUCGAAGUACUCAAGAAUCAAAUCACGUUCGCUAUUGAGCGCAUAACAUCGCAAGGAAUCAACAUAGCCGGUCUGGGCGAGGACAAGUUAGUGGGUAGCGAAUUUACAUCGAAGAACGAUCUAAACUCUCACGCUGGUCUCAUAAAAGAGUACAAAAAGCUGGGCAUUCAACUGAAACAGCUUCAAAUACUCGAAAAGCGCACCCUUCAGCAAGUUGGUGCCCUCAGACAGGAGGAAUCCGAGACAUUGCAGAAUAUACAAAAGUAUGCUAACUUAGAAGUUCCCCGUUCGGAGGCGAUCGUAAAAAUGAACGAACUUUCCGGCGUUCUGCAGGAGCUGGAGGAUAAAAAACGUGUUACUGAUAACGUAAUAGAUGAAGCACGUAAACGAAAUCAGGAGAUAAAGAACAACCUUAAAAGUAACGAGACUUACCGCCUGAUUUCGCAUCUCGAGGACAAGCUGGUCGAUUUGAUGAAGGAUAAUAAGACGCUUCAGGAGUCAGUUGACCAACUGCAAGAGGAAAACGACUACAAUUCGGUGCGUGAGGAUGUUAAUGGGCUAGUAGACGAGCAUAACAAACUGUUGUGCUCCGAUGCCGAUAGUGAGCGUAAUAAUCGUUUGCUGUAG